AUGACUGACCCUCAAUUUACCGGAUAUGAUGGGGUAUUAGGCCUAAAACCUUAAAAUGGCAGCUCAUUUAUAGAACAGUUGUAUUCGUAGGGAUUCAUUGAUGAGCCAACUCUUGGAUUAUUUCUAAAAGACAAAGACAACUAUUUGGAUAGUGAAUUAAUGGUUGGUGGUUUUGAUACAUCAAAGAUGAAAAAUAAAGACGCUCUUAUCUGGAUGAAACUACCUUAAAGAGAUUACUGGGCAGUUAGUCUUAAGAAUGCUUAAUUUGGGGAUGAAUAGUUCAUGAUGAGCAAUCAAAACUAUGUUGUUGAGUUCAAUCCAAAUUAGUUUUAUAUUAGCGUGCCUAGAGAUGACUACAGAAGACUUGUAGUAUUAUUCUUAAAAAAUCAUGGUGAAGGUAUAGAAUCCUGCAAACUAUCGAUUUGCAAAGUUAAAGAUAAAUGCAGUGAUUUUCCAAAAAAAUCGGCUAUAAGGUUUACAAUUGGAGCUGAAUAAGAGAUUUUUGAAAUCUCUUCAUCAGUAUACUUAAUAGAUGACGAAGAAACUGGAGGAUGUAUUUUAGGAGUAAUAGGGACAGUAUAACCGAAAUAAAACAAAUACAUUUUUGGAAGUAUUUUUCUUUCUCGAUACUACUCAAUUUAUGACCAAAAGAAUUAGAGCAUAGGAUUGACUCUGAAUAGAGACUACUCUGAAUAUGAUGCUAAAAUAAACAUUCCAGUUCACCUAAUAGUAUUAACUUGCAUAUCAGCUCUCCUUUUCUUAAUCUGCUUAGUUAGCAUUGUCAUAUUUUCAAUCAAAAAAGUCCUUAAACAGAAAAAUAAGGAAAACAAUAAAACUACAAUCCAAGACAUUGAUAGUCAGUAUAGUUUCUCUACAUUUUCAAAAAGAACAUUAAGUCCACAUCAUUAAAACCAACAUGAAUUCUAGUAAAAUAACUAGUACAUUAUAAAUGCAGGAUCAGCUGACAAUCGCUUAAUUUCUCUAAAUUAUUUGGAUAAUGGCUUCGAUGGAAUUAGCAAAAUAAAUGGGAAUAGUGAUAGUGGAAUAAUGUCAAGUUAAUACAGAGUUUAAGAACUUAAAGAACACUUAAUGUGA